UUUUACAAUUCCACCUACUGUAUCUCCUACCUACCUACUUACUAGGUACAUAGUAGUAAAUCAUUCAUUACCAAGCCAUCAAACAUCAAACUCGUCCAAAUCCGCAUAACUAUAAUACUAUUAGGCACCUACAGAAAUGACAUAAACUGACAGGCUUUUCCUUUGAAUGGCUUCGUUGAAAUUGUGGCCUUUAUGCAGUCUCAAUGGCACGUGAUGGGGGCUCAAGGCUGACAGCUGUCUGCUUUCUUGCCUCAUAUAUCUGGCUCUCUUGCUCUUUACAGAGACACUCAUUAAUAGAUCAGCCACGGCUUUCUUCAUUCUUACUCCUGUUCAUCUCAGGCUCAGCAGCUUUCAUAGCUAGCCUUUUCUCAAAAUGGCUUCCCGGCGCAGAUGGAAGAUUUGAUUCCGAGGCCAUUUUGAAGGGAAUGCAAUCAUCAUUGCCUCAUAGACCUCGUCGUUUCUACGUUCCUUGUAUCAUAUUUCUCAUCGUCUUCAGGCUAGAGAUCGCUCAUACGACGAUACGUGACUUUGAGUGUACUACUGCAGGCAUAGAGGCCUUUCUCCCUGCGCUCCUAGCUGCUUAUGAGUUCUUCUCACAUCGUACACUUCAGGCCAAGUCUGACGAGCCGGAAGAGAUGUGGGGCAACCCCUUUGAAGAUUUUAAGAGUUGGAUUAUGAGUUCUCCAAUCACUCUUCUCUUCAGCACUCUGUUCUUUAGUUACGGCGUUUUCAUGGUUGGCGAUUUUCCCACAAGAUCUACCUACUUCUGUUCCACCAUAGUGAGUCACAGCUCAUUCAUUGUGGCCAUGCAGUGGGUGGGAGUUUUCAUCGAUGCGACUGUCAUGGUCAUGUUCUGGAGGGUACUUUCGUGGGCUAGAACCACCAAGAGUCGUCUACGAACACUCGGUGGCAUUUUAAUUUUGACGUCUGUUGGUGUCUCGGUUCUAUGGAUGGCAACCCGGAUUUCUCAACAUCAGGAAAUCAUGGGUCAUCACCCCUUCAGGGGGAUUGGUUCCCUUUAUUUCUUCGACGUUUUCAGCACAGGCCUGCUCGUCUCUACGCUCUUCAUAUCUACCGCUCUUUGGAUUUGCGAUUCAACCGCUCUGGAGCCUACGGCCAUCGCAACUUUCACUUCCGGCAUGCUAGCGAGUAUUCAAAAUGUUCUGUCGAUCGGAACUUAUCAGCAGACCGCAGUUGGCCAACCACUGGUGGUUCUCAUCUUUAUCUCCGCUGGCUUCAUUCUUUUCACGUACGCAAAUAAUAUGAGGUGGAUAGUCGUGUUUAAGCGAGUAAUCCUUAUGCUGCUGAUUGCCUGUAUUGUCAUCGCAUGCACAAUCUUUGCUGCAGUAAAGAGCAAGAAUAUGGACCGCCAUCCCGUGGACGACCUCGUUUACAAGAACCGAGUAGAGGCUGAUCGUUGGCUGAGACAUGCGACUGUAAGCACUACAUUGAAGCUGGCUGUCACUGAAUAUAAGGACCGCCAUGAUGGGCGUGAUCCUCCACCGAAUUUCGACAAGUGGUUCGAGUUUGCACAACAACAAAAGUCGGUUGUCAUUGACAGAUACGAGCAGAUUGGGAAAGACAUCCGACCUUUUUGGGGCAUGAAACAGCAUCAUAUCCAAGAAGGCCUGGAGAGGUUGAGGGGAUUGCCAGAUAUUGGUAUCAUUCAGAUCGCAGGUGGACAGGCGACCCAUAACCAACCAGAAGAUGCUGUACAAAGGGUGAUUUUAGAUGAGGCGGUGGCAAUGAUUACUAAAUUUGUCCAACAUCUCCCUGAUAUGUCUAUCGCCAUCAACAUGAAAGAGCGGCCAAGGGUCUUGAUUCCCUGGGACGAUGUCCAUAGGUAUAUCAUGGCGGGGAGCAAGUCACCAUUCCAGUUUCUUCCCUACGGCAAUCGCAAAACUCGGCGCGAUGAUGAUAACACAAAGCUAGCGGAGGCCAAUCCUAUCGACGUGUCGAAUGCACCUUUGGGCUCGGUUGCCCAACCUUACGUAUCUGAAAAGAAAUUCCGACAACUCGAAACCCUGGCGUGCCCACCUGGUUCACCUGCUCGCGGAGGUAUACAUUGGGAUGUCCGAGACUUUUGCUCUUCAUGUGUCAAGCCGCACUCGGAGGGACAGUUCCUGCAGGAUUGGGAGAUGUUUCUUGAUCCAUGCCAUCAACCGGAUAUAUUCAAUCUCCACGAUUUACACACAACACCCCAUCUCUACGAGUUACACCAAGACCUCUUACCUCUUUUCAGUCGAUCUAAAACAGAUAGCUUCCACGAUAUCCUCAUCCCGCUAGUUAAUCCCAAUGUCGACCAGGGGGUUGACGGUGUAGACUUCGAUAGAAAAAAGGAAAUUGUCUUCUGGCAAGGGGAUGUCAAGGACGCGCAAGUCGUCACGCCUCAAUCUUUACUGGGUGGGCAUCGCCAUCGCCUCGUACAUCUCGCAAACAACGCCAGCAUUUUCGACCAAGUAUCGAUGCCUCUCGGAAUUAAAGUCGGGAACAAAGACAAGUUCCGCUACGAAGCAACGCGAGUGAAAGACGCCAACGGGCCCUUGCCUUUCGAAUUCUCGUUCACCAACACCGACGGCUGCGAAGACGCCAACUGCCAGCUGUUGCAGCGGGAGUUCGGCUUCAAGGAGCCGGGCCGCGCGCUCGACAACAGAUACGUGAUGCUGCUCGACGGCGCGGACGGGCCGUCGCCAAACCUGCUCCCGACGCUGCGCUCCAACAGCGUGCCCGUACUGUCCUCUGUCUUCCGCGAGUGGUACACGGAGCGCCUGAUGCCGUGGGUCCACUUCGUCCCCGUCGACCUGCGCUACCACGCCCUCCACAGCACCAUGGCGUACUUCAUCGGCCUCAAGGACCGCGGCCCCCUCAAUGGGCGUCCGCAGAUGACCGAGGGCAGGAAGGAGGACGCGCGGUGGAUCGCGGAACAGGGCCGCAAGUGGGCGGACAAGGCGAUCCGCAGAGAAGAUAUGGAGGUGUACAUGUUCCGGCUGCUGCUCGAGUGGGGGCGGGUCGUGGAUGAGAAUAGGGAUAACUUGGGCUUUGUGCUGUGAAAGAGGUGGGUAUUUGCUUGGUUGGGGGGUUGGGG